UCUCUCUCCUCUCUCUACUUGGUCCCUUGUUGAGGGCAUCACUGCAACAGAUGCUGGGAAUUAUUCUUGCAGUGCAUGUGGCUAUCUCGGUGCUGGUCCAGGGCGAAGCAUUUGUGGUGAGUUCCUCUCCCGGCAGCAGCAUCAAGGCGAUCGUGGCAUCAUCAUACCCGCACCGGCAGCGGACCCAGCGCCCCACGGCGACGACAAUGGCGGCAAUCGUUGGGGGAGGUCGCAUCGGGUGUGCGUUGUACGAUAUGGGCGGCGGAGGGGACACCCUGGUCGGACGUGGUGACUCCAUCCCCGAUGGUGACGGACCGAUUUACGUUUGCACACGGAACGAUGAUCUGGAAGACGUCAUUUCGCGCACGCCUCCGGCUCGAAGAGAGGACUUGGUUUUCCUGCAGAAUGGCGUUUUGGGGCCUCUGCUCGAGAAGCACGGGCUCGCCAAGAACACUCAGGCGCUGAUAUACUUCGCGGUGUCGAAGAAAGGAGAGGCCCCCAUCGAUGGCAUCACCGAUGCCAACCCGGAAGGGCUGACGUCCACGUGCGGAAAGUGGGCGGGGGAGUUCAAGGAGAGGCUCGCCAAAGGGGGGCUUACGUGCCACGAGCUAGCCGAAGACAGGUACACCGCCAGGAUGUACGAGAAGCACAUCUGGAUCUGCGCCUUCAUGGUGGCGGGAGCGGCUCACAAGUGCAACAUGGGCCAAGUGGAAGCCGACCAUGCCGACGAGGUACGCACAUUGAUCGGAGAGCUGCAGAAGGCGAUAGAGGUGGAAUACGGAGUGGUGUUCGAGGACGGUGUGAAGGAUCGUCUCUGCGCGUACUCUAGGUCGGUCGCACACUACCCCGCUGCCGUGAAGGAGUUCUCAUGGCGAAACGGCUUUUUCUGGGAUAUUUCCGAGAAGGCCAGGAAGGAGGGGGCGGAAGACCCCUGUCCCCUCCACACCAAGCUGCUGCGGCAAGUAGCGGAUGAGCAAGGGCUGACUCUGUGAGGCCGAGCUUUCGUGUCCUUGCGACAGAAGGAGACGGCUCUCCGUCUGUUGGCAACGCGUGUCUCUCAUCAAGUUGUGACGAGAGAGACCGCCCGUCGGUGUACUUUGCUCGUCUUGUUUCAUUCUUGGCCCGCGGACCACACUACUCUCUCUGGUUGAUUAUUUUGCCGUGGAAAAGAAGUAUGGAGGCUUGGGGUGGUUGGUGUGUGCUACCACGGGUUGGCUGACCAACAUUCAUUCGUACGUCGGGUAGAACGUGCCCUACGCAAAAGACACGGUUGUUGCAGGUGCAUGAAGUGCACAGAGGAAUCGGCCAGUGGCUUAUCGUACUUUGAAUGGAUCCAACUGUUCACUUCAGUCAGUGUCUCGUCUCAUGCGAAACAUCUUACGUGGGCGGGUACGCGUGUCCUUCUGGAGUCAGUAGAUAUGUAGUGCUUCGUGUUUCUUCGUGGGUAGUUUUCCUGUCCCGCCCUAGACUACACCCUACCCUGUUUUUUGUUUUCUUGACCUUGUUUCGUUCUUCCGGGAACGAGCGUGGCUUCAUUUCGAGGCUAUGUACACAUCGUGCGGAAGGUUCCUACUUUCAGUUUAUUGGUGGUUGCCACAACUGGUCGUGGUGUCGGACCAGCUAGCUAGCUGUUCAGCGAAGGGAGCUUUCGACUGUUGCUGUGGUUUGUCUUAUAAGACUAAAUUUCGAAUGAAGUCCUUCUGUGAGAUGAUGUCUACUUUCUAAAGGAGGGAGAAGGAUGCUACGUAACAGGGGUCUAACGUGUUCAACAGCAACAACUAAAUUCCAGCUGAGGAACAACGGUCGCUCGUGAUUUGGCACCUCGUUUUCGUUCUGCCGAACGCUGUUGGUCUCACAUUCACAUCAUCUACUACAAGGAAGGGAGAGUAAUGCCCCUUCGGCGCAGAAGAAACGUUUUCGGCCUGUGACUCGAUAAGAUUUAAACAUGUUCACAGCAGUUCUUAGGAUACUGAUACAUGACGGUCCUCGACUUCAAAUACGUAGCUUCAAUCUUUGCUUCGUUGACAAGACGGCGUAGAAAUUGGCUCGGCCUCCACACUAACCUGCUGGUACGUUACGUUACCCUUUCAUUUUUUCUUUCGGCGGGUGUGGGAAGCGUCCUCCUUUAUUUUUUUUUUUUUGUUAUUUUUGUUUUGUUUUAUUUUGAUCGGUGUCCGAGGGCUCUUUUCUCGAACAGU